AUGCUCAAGACUGGUGUCACCGUCGACGUGCUGUGGCGCGGGCUGUUACCUAGGACAACACUUAACAGUCUGGCUCCGGCACCAGCCCGAAGCUCUACAGGAUCAGUCUUUCCCCAAUCUGCCACUCGAUGGCGCCACGAGCGUAUCCAAUGCCUCAAUUCUAGGCAUUAUUCCCAAAGUACGAAACCAUCUUCUAGGAAAUGCACUACAAAUAGGUCAUCUCAUCGGCCAUACUCGACCUCAACCACCGAUGUAGAAACACCACAGCCGAACACCAAAUUGCUAUACGAAUUUAUCGACCUCCCGGCGGAUCUCCUAAGGACAAGGCAGACUCGAAACCUGCCUAAAGCCAUCCGGACCAUCAUCGAGGAUGACUCCAAGAUCAGGGAAGACGGGAGCAUGCGGCUCAGAUGCGAUGAUAUACUGGCAUUCCUGCGCCAGCUCCGCGACGAGAGACCCGAAAAUUCUCGUGUACCCGAAUUUUGGGCCCAGGUCCUGAAGCCAUGUAUUGCCGGCAUCGAACCGCUCGUCGAAGAUGCCCUCCUGCGGGCGCAAAUCCGUCACGAGGGCAGUUGCGAGGUUGUCACUCAUGUGUUGAGUGACGCCCAGGAGGCGGGCUACAACCCGACUUCAGCAACCUACCAUCUUGCACUACGUGCCUUGGCUAAUCACCCCGACUACAUAUUGCGGGACCGGAUCCUCCAGAUCAUGAAGAGCCGGUAUAUGGAGUUGACACCGGAUGGUCAUGUGAGCGUGGUUUUGGGAUUGCUACGUGACGGACAAUACGAAAUGGCCAUCGACAAACUGGAGGAGGUUACUCGAGAAGGAAUCGAGGUGCCGACGUGGGUUUACGAUAUCUUCUUGUUCGUCUUUGCUGAGCUGGGUUUCCAUGACGAGGUCAUCAGAAUCAUCAAUCACCAGCGAAUUAAUCGUCAAGGUACAGACUUGAACUGGCCCUCGGCCAACACUUGCUACUUCCUCCUUGACAAGUGUUCCAAGGCAUAUCACUACGAGAGCACAAAGCUCAUCUGGAACUUGGGGGCGCCAAAGAUGUUCAACCCCCCGGACGGUGUCUUGGAGAACGUUCUUUGCUCGGCGGCUAAGGGACUGGAUCCAACGCUCGGGUCUGAAGCAAUCAGGCUGCUGGCGACCCGCGGGAAUAAGCUCGGUCUGCACCACUACGAGCCGCUGAUUGCCUGCUAUGCCGGGGCUGGGCACGAGGAAAAGGCGUUCAGCGUACUGUGCAUUAUGCACCGGGCUGGUAUCAAGCCGGACUCGGGCAGCACACGGCCGAUCUAUCAUUUACUCAAGACAAAGGAGUCGCAUGAGAUCCUGGAGACGGUCCGGCUGCUCUUCCGACUCAAGUCGCAGGGACCCGUGCCAAUUGCGGCCUUCAACGUCACCCUCGAGGGGAUGAUGGAAAAGAAGGGACUCGCUUCGGCCAUGGAUUUUUACAGCCGGGUGCGGCUCAUUGUCAAGUCUGGACCCGACAUAGAGACCUUCAACACGAUCCUACGCAUGAUACACGCCGAGACUCCGGAACGCAGCCUUGAGAUAACAGAGUUUUUGGUGGACGAAAUGAAGGCUAUUGGGAUCAUGCCGGACAGACUCACGUACGACCAUGUCGUUCACAAUCUGGCGCGCGCCGGGAAGCCCCAACUGGCGCUACAGUACCUACAGGAGAUGGGCCGGACGUUCAACAGGUCCAUGGGCAGAACGGGUUGGAUCACCAAGAUCAAUACCCUGUGGUUAUUCAAAGCGUUGUUCGAGGCCGGUCUCACCCAGGAAGCCGAGGACCUCAUCACCGAGGGGAAUGCUCGUGGAUUGAAGAUCAAAGAUGUAUGGGUGGAGUUGGACAGACCUGCACUCCGCGACGGCUUGUUGAACCCCGGUUUCUAUUCGGAAGAGUCCUACAUGUCCGGCAUGGGCGAUGAGGAUUCCAUGCCUGAGACGACUGAGGCAUCCGCGUCCGAGACGAGCGAGGUACCCGUUUCCGAAACGAGUGAGGCAUCCGUCUCCGGCGUGAGCGAGGAAUCCAUGCCUAAAACGACUGAAGCAUCCGCGGCCGAGACAGACGAGGCAUACGACUCCGAAACAAGCGAGGCAGCCAUCUCCGAGACGAGCGAGGAAUCCAUGCCUGAGACGACUGAGGUCCCCGUGUCCGAGACGGCUGAGUCCUCCAUGCCCGAUACGAUUGAGCCCUCCGUCUCCGGAACGACCGAGCCAUUUGUGCCCGAGACUGUUGAGUCCUCCAUGCCCGAAGCGAUUGAAUCCUCCAUUUCCGACACAAGCGAGGCAUCUAUUUCCGACAUGGCCGAUUCCUCUGCGCCCGGCAGUACUGAGUCUUCCAUGCCCGAGACGAGUGAGGCCUCCGUGCCUAAGACGACUGAGUCCUCCAUACCCGAAACGACAGAGACAUCACAGCUAUGAUCAGAAGUACGACGAUAGUUGGCACAUUAUUGAGGCUUUUUUUGUUUGGGAAUUUUUCCCCACUUGAAUCACAUAUAUUUUACAACAAACGACAAGUUGUCUGCUUUGUAUACAUUGUUAUUUACCCUACUGGAGGUGAUUGGACGGGGGUUAUGUGGUUGAAAAAAAAAAAAAAAAAAAAAAAAAA